GGAGGGAAAAGUUGUGAAAAUAAUUGUUGCUUAGUCAGCAAUCCCAGGAGAUCCAAUCAGCUGGCACCAUGAUGACAAACUACCACAUACCAUUCCAAUUCAGCAAAUUACAGGAAUGGCUGAUUCUCAGGAACAGGAACAGGCUCAGCCGCUGCUCCUCCCCGCUUCUGAUUCGAAUUCCAAGCCAACUCAGUUUCAACGCCCUCCCAGAGUUGCCUCCCUUGAUGUCUUCCGUGGCCUCUCUGUUUUUCUGAUGAUGGUGGUUGAUUAUGGUGGCUCCAUCUUCCCCAUGAUAGCUCAUGCCCCCUGGAAUGGAAUUCACUUGGCUGAUCUCGUCAUGCCUUUCUUCCUCUUCAUAGCCGGAGUUUCUCUUGCUCUUGUUUAUAAGACAAGGCCUCCAAGAAGACUAGCAGCCACAUCGCAAGCCUUACUCAGAGCACUCAAACUCUUCGCCGUUGGUAUCCUCCUUCAAGGUGGCUAUUUCCAUGGAGUGAAUUCCUUUACUUUUGGUGUUGACAUCCAAACAAUACGCUGGCUGGGAAUUUUACAGAGGAUAUCUAUUGGAUACACUGUUGCUGCUUUAUGCGAGAUUUGGCUUCCACCUCCUCGCUGCAAAGAACACAAAUUUGACCUCAGAAGUUAUUUCUCGCAUUGGUUUGUUGCUGUAACACUAUUGGCGCUUUACUCGGGAUUAUUGUAUGGUCUAUAUGUGCCAGAUUGGCAAUUUCCAGAAUCAAGCUCAACCUCUUCUUUUCCUCAAAUUGAUGGUGACAUUAUUUACACGUGUUUUCAAAUUGAUAAGGUGAAUUGUUCUGUGAGAGGAGAUCUUGGACCUGCCUGUAAUUCUGCCGGAAUGAUUGAUCGCUAUGUGCUUGGCAUUAACCAUCUUUACAGAAAGCCCGUUUACAGAAAUCUUAAGGAGUGCAACAUGUCUACCAAGGGCCAAGUUUCGGAUACCUCACCUCCAUGGUGUCAUUCUCCAUUUGAUCCAGAAGGCAUUUUAAGCUCCAUAACUGCCGCAGUGUCAUGCAUUAUUGGACUUCAAUAUGGUCAUGUUCUUGCCCAUCUACAGGAACACAAAGGGAGGCUAAACCAGUGGCUAUGGUUAUCAGCUUCAUUUUCGGCCCUCGGGUUUUUCUUGGCUUUAAUAGGCAUCCCUCUAAAUAAAUCUCUGUACACAAUCAGUUAUAUGCUAAUAACCUCCGCAGCUUCUGGCCUCACGUUCAUCGCUUUAUAUGUUCUGACAGUGCAGGUAGAUGUUAAUGGUCACAGGCGUUUAACAAGUGUGUUGGAAUGGAUGGGAAAGCACUCGUUAAGUAUAUUUGUGCUCGUGUCUUCAAACAUGAUUGUGAUUGCUAUUCAAGGAUUUUAUUGGACUAAGCCCGAAAACAACAUUAUACAUUGGAUUGUAACACGUUUUGUGCACACAUAACAUAAGGUCCUCUGGUAUUGCUAGCUUUACACGCUUCGUCUUCUUUCAUAACACACAUCCUCAGGCAAAGGGAUCAACAAAUCGAGCCUGCAGCAAGCUAAAUCGUCAAAAUUACCCUUCUCUCCCGAGUUUGAGUGCUUACUCAAUUGCAUAGGUGCUUCAGUAUAGCACGAGUUCAUCAAAUGCUAUGGGGUCAUUAGAAAUAAUCAAACUAGUCUUUGUUGAACUUCCAUCUUUGCUUUUAUAAAAUUGUGAAUAUAAGUGCUGACUUGAUAAGGUUCUA